AUGCGCACCACCACCACCACCUCCACCCUCGCCCUCCUCGCCACCUCAGCCCACGCAGCUCUCCCCCAUCUCAGCAUAGCCAAACGUGACAGCAACCUCCAAACCUCACCACUCGCACGCGGUCUGAUAAGACGAGACGGAGGAACAGUAGGAACGAACGUCUUCGACAUCCUCGCCUACAGCACAGGCGGCGCCUACUACGCCAACGUAACCGUCGGCACCCCACCCCAAGACCAAGUCGUGAUCCUAGACACCGGCUCAUCAGACCUCUACUUCGACGCCUCCACCGCCUCCACCUGCGAAACCACGGGUCCUUAUUCCUGUCGCGGCGGGACAUUCAACCCGCAGAACAGCAAGACAUACUCGAUCGCCGACCCAGCACCAGCCUUCAAUACCUCAUUCGGGGAUGGAAGUACAGCCGUCGGCCCCUUCGGACAGGAUGUAGUUGGGUUAGGGGAUGUAUUGAUAAGUAAUGUGCAAUUCGGCGUCGCGCAGGAAGUGAACAGCACGACUGGCUACGCGAUCGGAUUGAUGGGGGUAGGCUACUCGGAGAACGAAGCGGUGCAGCAGCAUCCUUACCCGAAUAUGCCGGAGGUACUACGGGAUACCGGCGUGAUCAAUUCGAGGUUGUAUUCGGUGUUUUUGAAUGAUGUGGCCGAGUAUUCGGGGAGUAUUCUUUUUGGCGGGAUUGAUACUACGAAAUACACCGGCGAACUAGCCACCCUAAACAUCCUCGCCGACAUCAACACCGGCGCCGUCGACCAAUUCGUGCAAACCGUCACCGGCCUCAGCGCCUCCAUCUCCGGCAAAACGAUCCCCCUCUUCUCCGGCGGCUCCCCAAACGAACAAGCCUACACUCAAACCGAUACCGCCCUGCCCGUCCUCCUGGAUACCGGUAGCUCCGCCUGGUCCGUACCCACUUCUUACUAUGAGAAGUAUAUCGCGCCCAACUUCAAAUUCGUCGAUAGUCAGGGGUCUUGCUCUUGUAGCCAUCAAAACGACGAUACCACUCUAACCCUCGAAUUCGGCGCCAAAAUCAACAUCACCGUUCCGAUCCGCGAGUUUGUCGUACCGAUUUAUAACGCCACGACAAACCAACCUUACCCUUACCCCGGCGGCGGCGAGGCGUGCGCUUUCAUGAUCGUUCCCGCGCAGAGUACAGGCCAAGGGUUCCAGACUCUCGGCGAUGCGAUUCUGAGGAGUAUGUACGUCGUCUUCGACCUGGACAAUGGACAACUGUCCCUCGCUCAGGCGAAGAUCAACUCCACGGACGCUCCUAAUAUCGUUACUGUCUCUGCGGGACCUAGUGGCAUCGCCAAGGCCGUUUCGACCAGUUAUUCUGCCGCGCCGUCCAAUACGAAUUCCAUUGCGCCCGAGGUGAUGAAUGCCACGGGGAGCUUUACGGUGAGUACGGCGCAGAGUACCAUUGGCUCGGCAACGGGCACGGCGGCUGUACCGGCUGAUGCGCAGGUUUCGGGGGGCGCGUCUGGGACGGGUUCGAGUUCGGGGGGUUCGAGCUCCAGCACGGGGUCUAAGGGUGCUGCGGCGGGGUUGGUGGUGCCGAGGUCGGAUUGGUCGGGGUUGUGGGUGGCUGGUAUUUCGGUUGCGAUGGCUGUGUUGGGGGCGGGGAUUGUGUUGUAG